AUGUCUCCUGUUCCCGAUAUCGUCGUGCUCUCUUCCUCCCCGGAGCACAACGCAAUUUGCCCAGCGCCACAACCUGUGAGAGACACGGGAAAUGUUUCACUUAACGAUAACCUUUCGUCUCCGUUGGUCUCGCCCUCUGAACCGUUUCGGCCUCCGACGCGUUCUAGAUACUUCGCCCCUCCGAAGUUCAAUCAGCCGGCAACGAAAGCUAGGACAACGGAGGAUACACACACGGCAAAGCAGACUGCGACCGAAUUAGAUGUGGGAGACAAACCAAAAUCAAUGCCACGAGUCCGAAAGCCUCAAAAUGGACUACAAGCGGACUCAUGCUACCUGGAACAGGUUGUUUUGGAAAACAAUGAGAAUGCGGCAACAAAACCUAAGCGGACAAGGAAAACACCAGCUAAUAACGGAGCCGGAGACGAAAAACCGAAAAAUAAAACAAUAACUGGGAAGAUCACCAAGUCGGGUACUGCAAAGUCAAAGAAAGCCACUGCAAAGCCGGCGGAUUGCGACGUACCCUCAAAGUCUGCGCGAGAAGGAAGUGCUAGAAAGGAAGACCAAGAUAGUUGCGAAGAGGGUUUACAACUAGAGCCAGCUGUCAAGAGGAGAUUGGAUUGGACACCAACGAAGGAACCUACCAAAUCGAUCCUUGAGCUGGAUGAUAAGAUUGGCGUCGAAAGCAGACAGAAUAGCCUCAGCAGUUUACUUUUUGACUAUGGCUACGACGGAGUUGCUACUGUCCCUGAUAGAGCGCAGGUGCUUGCGGAUAAUGGACCGACAAAGCGCCGGCGGAUAGAGCUUGUGGAUUCCAGGGUACUUCCUGCAAAGCCAAAGCCAUUAGGUGACGAUGAUUCCCAUAAUAGUGAGGAAGGCCCGGGCGUAUCCGCGACCUCCAAGUCGUCUAAGCCCAGCAAGAAGCCCAAGACGCGGGCCAAACGGUUGACAACUCUGACCGCUCGCGUAACAGCGUCAUAUCAUGAGAAAUAUACGGAUUGCUCAGAUUUUACGAGCCAAGACGUCUCCGUAGGUGCUGAGAGCUCAACGGAUAAACCGGUGAGCCGCAAAGCGAAGAGAAAGGCCGACGAGAACUCUGGAUUUAAAAUGCCAAGGAGAAUUGUGCUUUCUCCCCAAGACGCCUUGGAUUCCUUAGAUCAACAGGACCUUGUUUUUGGUACCUGUAGCCAGUUAGAACGGGCAGAUUCUCCAACUCUAUUAAGAGAUACGCAGGCCGCACUUCAAGAGUCGGAGAAGGAGGAGUCGGGUGCACUUCCGUCCCAAUCGAAACAAUGCCCAGGGCCUGCCCACUCAUCCUCUGCCAUAUCUCGGUUUGCGGCCCCAAGAAACCUUUGGUCCGCUGCAGCUAGAGAUACAGAAGGGUCACUUGCAGACGUCGAAGUUGUCAAUCUUGUUGACUCACCUGAAGGUUCCAAGGCUACUGCUCCACCUGUUAGAAUUGAUCAAACCAGCGAUGCCAGUGAACCUAGACACUCAAACGACGUAUCACGGAAGGAUGGUUUGGCGCUAGAUGACACGCCUGUCAACAAGGAGCCACCUGCAUCUACCGCUCAUGUCGUUGAACAACCGACGCGCAAGAAGCCCAAGCGGAUGCCCAAUUUCAAUGGGAAGACUGACCUUGAAUUGGAACGGGCGAUCAAAAGGUAUGGAUUGAAGGCGAUUAAAAAUCGCAAGAAAAUGAUCGAGCUUCUUGAGAAAUGUUGGGUUGCUCAGUAUGGACCAGUCGCCCAAGAAGGCCACGAUGCAUUGCAGCCAAAAGAAACCAUCGCGAUAAAACCUACUGUCUCUGCUGAAUCUCAACAAUCCAACAUCCAGGAAAGGCCGGAGAAACCUACAGAAUCUCCUGAAAAGAAGUCAAAGGCACAACCCAAACCUCGGCCAGGCACUUCUCAGCAAACAGAGGAAACCAACGAAAGCACAAUUCCUGCCAACGAGAGCAAACGGACGCCCACUAAACCAAAGCCUCAGCAAAGUAGCCUGCCGACCCAUUCAGCUCAAACGGAACGUAGCAGCCAACCGCCAUCAAAGCGAUCCUUCACUGACGUCGAAGAAAUUCAAGACUCGGAGGACGAGCCCCUUCUAUCGCCAAGCAGAAUCAUCGACGAACUCUUCUCCAAGGUACAGCCAAAAGGGGCUAGAAAGAAGCAAGAACUGUCUACGUCUACCAUACCCUCAAGUCCAAGCAGCCCGUCUCGAAAAGCCAAAGACACGCAAUCAAUUACUCUUGUUUCAGCGAAUAGCAAUCCCCAGCUCCCUGACCUGGGCGAACAAAUCACAAAGGCCGUGCGUGCCCAACCACGGCAGAGCCAGAGCCCCGUUGGAACAAGGAAACGGCCUAGUUGGCAUGAGAAAAUACUCAUGUAUGAUCCUAUCUACCUCGAAGAUCUUACAAGAUGGUUGAACACCGAGGGCCUCAAUCUCGUCAACGAGGACAGAGAGGUCGGCGCGGGGUUUGUUCGUGAGUGGUGCGAGAGAAAGGGCAUUUGCUGCUGUUACAAGGUGAAGAAGAAUGCUGGUCAUUCUUAG